CAAAAAACAAAUAAAAAUGCUGUAGCGUUUUGGUUUUUUAUUGAGAAACGAGGUCAAGACAAGACAAAUAGUGACAAGAUUGAGUUUCGUUUUUCGCUUUGCCUGUGCCGUUUACAGCAUUCGUAACGAACAGGAGUUGAGAAGUAUGUUUUGGACUAACUUAAGAACUACAGCUAGCUACGGAAGCUUGCGAGAAAAAUGCAUUGUUCAAACGUCACUUUUAAAGGGCACACCGAUGCCCAAAUUAUACAAGUCGUCAAUAGCAGAGCGAAGGACGUCUCCAGCUGCUUACUGCAUGGAUCAAGUAAAGCAGCAUGACUAUGAGAAUUAUCUGUGCUCACUUCUCUUACCCGCUGGUUUGCGAAGAAGUGCCUUCGCUAUUCGGGCGUUCAACGUCGAGCUCGCUCAGAUUCGAGACGUUGUUUCAAGAGCGGACAUCGGUGUGAUGAGGAUACACUUUUGGAAAGAUGCGGUCGAGAGGGUUUACAAGGGAAAUCCCCCCGAACAUCCAGUCGCACAGGAGCUGAGCGUGGUGGUUCAGUCAAAACAGCUAUCACGACAUUGGAUGACCAGAAUGAUUGAAUCAAGGGAAAGUACACUCGGUGACAGGCCACAUAGUACCUUGACUGAGCUCGAAGAAUAUGCCGAAAAAAGUGUGUCCUGCACUCUCUAUCUCAUUCUGCAAGCCAUGGGUGUACAGAAUGUAGCAUGUGAUCACGUCGCAAGCCAUGUAGGGAAACUGCAAGGAUUAACAAAUCUGAUUAGAGGUAUCCCUUUCAAUGCUGCAAAAGGCCGCGUGUAUCUUCCAAUUGACCUCAUGGCCAAGCAUAAGGUGUCGCAAGAGUCAGUUGCACAUGGGAAAGUAGACUUAAAGGAACUGAUAUAUGACAUCGCUUGCACAGCCCAUCAACACUUAGCUAAGGCACGCAGUUUGCAAAAAGAUGUACCAAGGGAUGUAGGACUAGUUUAUCUUCCUGCGGUAGCUUCCAGUGCAUAUUUGGAAAAGCUACGUCGCAGCGAUUUUAAUGUGUAUGACAGACGACUACAUGUGCGUAAUGGCCUUCUGCCGUUAUCCUUAUGGUGGCAUAAAGUAAAGAGAACAUUUUAGACUGCUAGGUCAGUGAAGGUUGUGCAGUGUUCCUGCUUGUGACAACGGACGAAACAUAUGUGCUGAGGACGUCAUGUGCACAUCACGUAUGCCCAGACAACAGAAACUCAUCUUCAAGGUGUUUUUAAAAUGUUCUCGUGAGAAGAUGAGAACGUCCUGAGAACAUGCUCAGCUAGUUCAGAUGAAGUCCAAGAAAGGUCCUGUUGUCUGGCCUCAGCCUAUCUUCUGAACAGCAACAAAUGGUUCACCAGGGCAAUUCUGGCACUUUUUCAGGAUUUAUAGGCUACUAAAACGUACUCAGUUGGUCUACCAGGACAUUUUGUGUACCAACUUUGCUACCCACAAAGGACAUUUCUGGCACAUUUUACGUACCGACUACGCUGCCCACCAAGAUUGGUUGUAUGCUGAAUUACUGUAUUUUAUUAGAUAUUACUUUUAUGUGAGGCCAACAUUAGGUAUAUGGUUGUGCAUUUACGGUAUAUAAAUGUGUCAAUAUAAAUGCAGACAAUGCACAUGCAGGGCACGUGGCUUUGUCACCCGCUGAAGCAAGCACAAGAACAACCAGUUGUUUUAAAUGCUUUAUUCUGAUGGCCCCAACAAAGGCCAACAAUAAAAUCCUUCAAACGAU